AUGAAAUACCUAGGUCCUGUCAAGAGGUAUCUUGGUGUUGACUUCCAUUCAUUGCAAUCAGGCAUUUUCCUACAUCAAAAGUUAUAUGCAGAUCAGAUUGUGCUAGACUAUGACAUGCAAGACUGUUGCUCAGUUUCCACACCUCUCCCUAAGGAAUUGGAACUGUCAGCUGAGAUUAACAUGUCUGCUUGGAGGAACUUGUGUCUGAAUACUAGGAGAUCGACUGGCGGGUAUGUAUAUCAAAUUGCUGGUGGACCUAUCACAUGGAGCAGCAAUAGGCAACCUACCAUUUCUUGCUCCACCACUAAAGCAGAGUAUUGA